AUGGUUGGCUCUCCGUUACGAUUCCAUUCGUUUCAAAGGAACUGGAUCUCCUCCAAGCUUAAGUUGUGGCAAAAUAUUCCAACUUCUUUGCUUUCCUCAUCUUCGGUAAGAGUCUGGAACUAAGAAACAAACAGUGAGAGGAUCUUAAAUAUAGCUAGUUUCUGAAACGUAAAAAGGGCCGGCUGAAUCUAUUUAGGGAAAUGGCAACCACCGCACAUUCAAUUUCCACCACCAUUAUUGACGGCAAGGCUCCUCCACGACCAUCAGCUGCCCCUGCAUCCUCCCAGUGUGUCACGCUUCCAUCUCUCCCACCCCCACCUCUCAAGCAGCAGAACCGUGCUUGGAAGGCAACUGGCUAUUGUCGAAAGUUAGCACGGAAUGUUGCUGCCAUGGCCACUGGAGAGGCAGCACCUGCUGAGGCUGUCUCAACCGAAUUUCCAGAGCUCAUCAAACCAAUCCAAGAGGCAUGGGACAAAGUUGAAGAUAAAUAUGCAGUGACUUCUCUUGCUGUGGCCGGAGUUGUAUUUCUUUGGGGCUCCGCAGGAAUGAUCUCGGCAAUAGAUAGGCUUCCAUUAGUUCCAGGAGUUCUGGAGCUUGUUGGAAUCGGUUGUACUGGAUGGUUUGCUUACAAGAACCUGGUCUUUAAACCUGAUAGGGAAGCAUUAAUUGAAAAGGUUAAAUGCACAUAUAAAGACAUUAUUGGGACCAGUUGAACGGGUAUACAACGCGUCGAUUUGAGUAUCAACCUCAAUAAAAUCUAUAUUUCUUUUCAUCAUCUUUUUAUUUUAUUCAAAAAUAAAUUUUUAACAGGAGAAACCAUGUGAUGAUGAACAUCUUUUGAAGGCACAUAUGUCCAUAUAAUUCAUAAUUUGUAUCGUUUACUUUAUUUAAUGCAUGAUCACUCUCAUUCUUCCCAA